CAACACACGAAAUCCAGUAAACAUAAAACUAUAAAAGAGUGAAACAAUUGGAUUGAAAGUGUUGACAUUUAACAACUCAUCAUCACCCAGCUGAAUAAAGAGCCUAAAUAUAACAUUGGAGAUGCGGUGAGCGGCCUACCACUUCUCUCUCCCUUCUUCUCCCUCCCCUCUUCUCUGUGGAUUUUGGCUUUUUCAUAGGCAACAAUACCCGUUGAGAUUUACAUGUAAGUUUUCGUAAGACGCUUAUAUGAGUUAAUGUCUUAUACCGUUGUGCCAGGGGUUAAACUUUGGUUCAUAAUCAAAGCUUCUGCAAGUCAGAUGGGAGUUUCGCUCGGUGCUCGACAAACUCAGAUUAAACACAGAGUCACAUCACGCACGAACUGAUCAGGCCGAACACAAAGCGAAAGAAAAGGACGCUGCCACACGCCCACGCUGGCGGCCGACGUGCAAUCUGCCAUCCCCAAUUUUCUCUACAAUUUUAAGCUUGCUAAUUCACAAGGAAAAAAAUGUUCAUGUCGGAAUUGAAGUAAGGAUGGCAUUAUGUUAGUUGGAGGACUUUUGAUACAGCAGCAUGGCCCCAAGACCUUUCAGCGUCACACCAAGACGAUCCCCUCGGAAAUAUGUAUUUACAGGGGUAUUCUUUAUACUCUUCACAGCUUGUGUCAUUGGAAUCUUCUCCCAUGCCCAGAGGAUCUCAUACUUUUUCCGCCCUCUAUGGGACAACCCACCCCCUCCAUUUGAGCGCUUACCUCACUAUUAUGCAGAGAAUGUGUCCAUGGAGCACCUCUGUCACCUACAUGGGUGGACUGCACGUUCUGAACCGAGGCGUGUUUUCGAUGCUAUCAUAUUUAGCAAUGAGCUGGACUUGCUCGAGAUUAGGUGGAAAGAACUGCACCCAUACGUGACUAAAUUUGUGAUCUUAGAAGCAAAAACAACAUUCACUGGGAUCCCUAAGCCUUUAAUUUUUUCCGAAAACCAGCAUCGGUUUGCCUUCGCUGCAGAAAGGGUUGUUCACGGUGUAUUCCCCGGGCAUGUUAAGCCCCGCCGGUCACAAAAUGAGGAUCCAUUUAAGCUUGAGUCGGAGCAGCGUGUGGCUAUGAAUCGGUUACUCCGCAGUGCGGGUAUUUCGAACGGUGACCUUGUCAUUAUGUCAGAUACAGAUGAAAUCCCAAGCCACCACACUGUCAAACUGCUUCAGUGGUGUGAAGGGGUCCCGCCUGUUCUGCAUCUCGAACUCCGGCACUACUUAUACUCUUUUGAGUUCCCUGUUGACUACAGCAGCUGGCGGGCCAGUGUCCACAUAUUCAGCCCGUGGACUCAGUAUCGUCAUUCGCGCCAAACCGCUCGUAUCCUCUCUGAUGCUGGGUGGCAUUGUAGCUUUUGUUUCCGCUAUCUCAAUGAUUUUGCUUUCAAAAUGACUGCUUAUAGUCAUGCUGACAGAGUGAAACGUAAAGAGUAUCUUGACUAUACCAGGAUACAAAAGCUCAUUUGUGAGGGCGCUGAUCUUUAUGACAUGUUGCCAGAGGAGUAUAGCUUCAAAGAAUUGAUCAAGAAGAUGGGAUCUGUCCCUCCUUCAUCAUCUGCAGUUAACCUUCCUGCAUAUUUGAUAGAAAAUGCAGAUAAGUUCAGAUUCCUCCUUCCAGGAGGUUGUAUGCGACCACCUGGGUGACUCCCAUGGUCCCGAACCAUAACCUGACUGAGACCAUCCAAUUUUUAACUGCAAACCACAUUGGCAAGUGGUUCACAAACCGAUCCAUCCUAUUUCUGGUCCGGUUGUUUCUCCAAAAUAGACACGGACUUGCUGGUUCUGGCUCUGUUUUUUUCUUCAAAAAAUGGACUUCAAAAUCUGGUCCGGAACUGAUAGGAAUUGAAUCCCGAACUGACAGUUAUGAGUGGUCCAGAAACAAACUGCUAUUAACUGGUUCCGGUUAAGGUUUUCAUAAAGUGGCCUGAAAUGAACUGCCAUUAACUGGUUCUGGAUCUGGUUCUGAUCCAGACCGGAGAUGCACCGAGUCCACCCGUACCUUCCCACAUUACAUCUUAUGCACACUAAGUAGUAAACACUAUUCAAUCUCUUGGAGGUUUACUUUUGUUUUUCCAUCUUAGGGAUUUGAUGGUUGAACAUCAUUGAAGUAGUUGGUGUUUCACUGAAUGUAUUAUUGUGUAUGGCUAUAGUUAUUGUUAUUAUUACUAGAUUUUAAGUCGUUUCAUAUUCAAACAUAUUUAUCUUUGCUUAUAUAAUAAGCCGCAAGUAUCGUUAUCA